AUGCACAAUUUCUCUAUGUAUUUUUGUUCUUCCACCAUGAAACCUUGUACUAGAGGUUUAUCUACAAAUCUUAAAGCUCCAAUCUUGAUUUUGAAGAACUCAAAAUCAGCUUCAUUUGUGAAAUGGGCACCUCUCUUUAAGUUUUCUCCAGUUGUUGCUUUAUCUACUGCUCGUUGUAGUCAUUCUACAGUUCAUGCUCCAUCAUCACCAGUUAUUCAAUCGGAUUCUAAUUCAACUGUGCUUCAUAUUCCUGAAGAAAAAUUUGAAGGGGUAGAGAAAACCCUAGAAAAGGUGAUUUAUAGCUGUCGGUUUUUCGCGAUUCUUGCAGUUUGGGGUUCCUUGAUUGGAUCUUUUCUUUGUUUUAUAAAGGGUUGUUCAUGUGUGAUUGCAUCAUUCCAAGGGUACUUUGCAAGCCGAGCUAACGUUAUUGUGCAUCUUGUCGAAGCUAUAGAUAUAUACCUGUUAGGAACAGUGAUGUUAGUCUUCGGUAUGGGUCUCUAUGAGCUCUUCAUCAGCAAUCUUGACAAAGGAAAAUCAAUGUCAGGGGAGACUACUCCAUAUAGAUCAAAUCUCUUCGGCAUGUUCACUCUAAAGGAACGACCGAGAUGGUUGGAAAUAACUACUGUGAGCGGGCUAAAAACCAAAAUCGGUCAUGUUAUCGUGAUGCUUCUUCUCAUAGGUUUGUUUGACAAGAGCAAGAAGGCUGUUAUACAUUCACCAUUUGAUCUACUUUGCUUUGCAGCUUCUGUGCUUCUUUGCUCUUGCUGCCUCUAUCUGCUUUCAAGACUCACUGAUGAGAACUAAGCAUUUUAUAAUGGAAUGCUAUGGUAUGUUUUACAUGUACAUAUUUCCAUGUAAAAAGGGGCAGCCCCGUGCACUACUGCUAUGCACAGAAUCUGCAGAAGGAUCGGACCACAAGGGUCUAUUGUUCCUAUGUAUAUUACACAAAUGCAAUGCAUAAUAUAAACAUCUUUUGUGUCAAACGUGGAGCUCUCUUUUAUUUUCUU